GCAUUGUCGAAAUCAGAAAGAAACUCAAGAGCGUUCGUUGAACACUACUGAACAGUUCAAUAAAUAUUUUUUAACUUUUAAUCCUUAUCUUAAAACACAAAACACAAUGAAAUUGGUCAUUGCUGCAGUUAUGUUGACUCUCGCUGUUGGCGCUCGCUCAUCAGGUUGGGAUGGAGCCUGGGACGGUGCAUGGGGUGGUGCAUGGGAUGGUGCUUGGGGUCAUUCUGGCGCUGGUUGGAGUGGUCACAGUGGUCCCGCCGCCGUUGCCGUACAUGCUGCACCAGCUGCUGUAGCGUGGGGUGCUAGCGGUCUUGGUCAUUGGGGUGGUGUUCCCGGAAUUGGAUUGGCUCAAGGUCCAGCACAUGGUGCUGCUGUCAUAGCUGCUCCAGCUGUUGCUGUGGCGCAUGGUCAUGGUCAUGACGGUGUAUACGUUGCCAAAACCCGUGGUGCUGUACAUGCUGCCCCAUUGGCUAGUCAUAUCAGCUCAGUUUCAGCCAUAAAUGUUGCUCCAGCUCCAGGCACGCAUUAAAUACAUUCAAUUUUAAUAUUAUUUGACGACACUCACCGCUGACAAAUGCAGAUGAAUACGUAUUAUAGCACACCUCACUUCUCAUCCCUACGAAAACGGCAACAACCCAAACAGUGGUUAUGCUAUCUCAUUCAACAUGUUAUACGACAUACUUCCUGGUACUUCGUAACACAGCAACAACAACAACAACAAGAAAUAUUUAAAAAAAAAUAUCUUUACCAUUUUCGAAAAAAUUUUAAGAAAUCGUUUUUCUCAAAAUGCAAUAUUGCUAUCUCUUUAACUGUUACUAUCUCUAUUUUUCUACAACGCUCUUCCUUUUUCUUUCUAUCACUCCUACUUAAAAUUUUGUUUUGCAAAUGGUAAAA